AUGGGUUCCCGCAGUCAGAGCUACCUCUCCCACCGCCAGCUGCAACAGCAGCAGCAGCAGCAUCGCCGUAUCUCCGCGGUGCCCCGUCCGGCCCCCAGGCUGCUGGCCGAGCCCAGCGGGGGCACGCUGGGGGGCAUUGCCCAGAUCACACCGUAUCUGUUUCUGAGCCGCGGCAAUGUGGCGUCCAACCGCAGCCUGAUCGCGGCCAAGGGCAUCACCUGCGUGGUCAACGCCACCAUCGAGCUGCCCAACUUCAACUGGCCGCACGUGGAGUACGUCAAGGUGCCGCUGGCCGACACGCCACACGCACCCAUCGCGCUCUACUUCGACAGCGUUGCCGACAAGAUCCACAGCGUGGGCCGCGGGAAGCGGGGUGCUGUGCUGGUGCACUGCGCGGCCGGCGUCAGCCGCUCCGCCUCCCUCUGCCUGGCAUACCUGAUGAAGUACCACCGCGUGUCACUGGCCGAAGCCCAUGCCUGGGUCAAGGCCCGCCGGCCCGUCAUCCGGCCCAACAGCGGCUUCUGGCGCCAGCUCAUUGAGUACGAGAGGAAGCUCUUCGGCAAGAACUCGGUCAGGAUGGUGCAGACACCGUACGGGGUGGUCCCCGACGUCUACAAGCGGGACCGCUGGAGCCUGGCCCCCCACUGGGGCGUAUAG